GGAAAUUAAGUAAAAUUAAUAGAUAAAUACUCAGCUAUGAGACAUGUAUAGCAGAAAGUGAUACAAUUGUCAUUUUUACGUCAGAUUAUUGUCAACAUGAGUUGUUAACUUCAUCAUAGACGUGCAGACAAAACAAUAAAUCAUUGGAGGCUUUUUAUAUUGACACACAAUGUGCUGCAGGCAUAAUCAACGUGUCAAGUUUGAUCCUCCCCGAUUCUUCUCCUGUUUUUUAAUGCUUUUGUUAGAUUUUUUUCUGACUCAUCUCUUCUGUUUAUUAUUAUAGUGUUGCUGUGAGGAUUCUGCAGUUUAGUUCAGUGUUUCAGUGGUGUUUUUAGACAUGUUCUGUCCUCUGUCAGUCACUCCAGGAUCAUAUCAAUCCUCCACAGAUGUCUUCAUUUCUGUUCAUUGUCUUCAACGCUGAUGAUUCUGCGGCAGUUCACCUGCAGAGCCGUGGUAAACGCUUGCACUCAGGCCCGCAUAAGAAGACUGGCUGGAAGCAGAGAGAUGGCCAAACCCAGCUCUGACCUGGCGGCAUUCAGGGACUUUUUUGCCAAAGCUGAAAACAUUGCCAUCCUCACCGGAGCUGGGGUGAGUGCCGAGAGCGGAGUCCCCACUUUCAGAGGUGCUGGAGGCUUUUGGAGGAAGUGGCAGGCACAGGACCUGGCCACCCCCGAGGCCUUUUCUGGAAAUCCAUCCCGUGUUUGGGAGUUCUACCAUUAUCGCCGUGAGGUCAUGCUCACCAAAGAUCCCAACGCCGCUCACAAGGCCAUCGCCGAGUGCGAGGAGCGGCUGGGCAAACAGGGCCGGAAAGUAACGGUGAUCACCCAGAACAUCGACGAACUCCACCGCCGUGCCGGCUCCAAAAACAUCCUGGAAAUCCACGGCAGCUUGUUUAAAACCCGCUGCUUGAGCUGCGGUCACGAGGAGGCCAACCACAAGAGCCCCAUUUGCCCCGCCCUGAAGGACAAAGGAGCUCCAGACCCAAACACGCACGACGCCCAGAUCCCCGUGGAGCAGCUGCCGCGGUGCGAGCGGGCCGGCUGUGGUGGCCUCCUGAGACCGGCGGUGGUGUGGUUUGGAGAAUCUCUGGACGCAGACGUCCUUUCCCGCUCACAUGAAGUGUUGGACAGUUGCGAUCUCUGUCUUGUGGUCGGCACCUCAUCUGUGGUGUACCCGGCGGCCAUGUUUGCCCCCCAGGUGGCAGCCAGAGGCGUCCCCGUUGCUGAAUUCAACAUGGAGAACACGCCGGCCACCACACACUUUAAGUUCCACUUCCAGGGGCCCUGUGGGACGACGCUGCCGGCCGCCCUGGCGCGCCACAAGAGCGAGCCAAACUGAGGCCGUAGGUGCUGCACCAGCAACUUGAUGAAGUCAGAAAAAAAGAAAACAAAGGGAUUUUUCUAUUUUUAUUGGUAUUCUGUUUUUAAAACUACAAAGCUGCUAGUGUGACAAAAAAAGAAAAGGAAAGUGCAGAGCUAUAUUUUGUUGGACAGGAGGGGGCAGUGUUCAGCCACUGCAGUGCAGACUUUCUAGGCUGUUUGUGUUGUCAGUGCAGUAAUGCCUGGAUUUAUGAAGUGUGAUGAAUGUGGUGUGUGACGCCUUCCAGCGGGCUCGAAUGCCGUCGUGAGCGCGUCUUUCCAUCUUUCUGAAGAGUUUCUCCCCAGAUUGGGGGGAAGUAAAAAAAUAAAAUCAAACUGCUGAGCCUC